CAGGGUUCUUUAGGAAGAAAAAGUUUUGGUGUUGCUGCGACUACGGCUUCUAGUUCACGGAAUACAACGAGAGAUCGAGGCUCAACAAGCAGAGGGGGUUCAGGUCGAAAACCAGUUAGAUAUCGUGCUG